UGUAAAAACUAAAAAACAAACGCUCUUCAUUUCUCUCUCUAGAAAACUCAAAUCUUUCUCUCUACAUCCUGUUUAUGGCGCAUACAAGCCCUAGUUUUGUCUCGCCGCCUUUGCAAUUUCCAGUUACAGCGACGUGAGAGGCUCGGCUCACCUGUUAGCAGUGUACUGGGAUACGUGGGUCUUGAACUCUUUCUUUUGGAUAAAUUGGUGUAGCUGGCUUUGAAAAACAUAUUUGAUUAUCAAAUUUCAGGUUAGCAGUGUACUAGUAUACGUGGGUCUUGAACUCUUCUUUUGGAUAAAUUGGUGUAGCUGGCUUUGAAAAACAUAUUUGAUUUUCAAGAAAAACAAGACUUUGGUUGUCUCUAGCUGAAAAUGGCAGAAGACAGCCCUCGUGUCAAUGGGCUUGCUUCUGGUUUGGCUGUAUUAUUGAAUAGUGAGGAUGGGAAGGAGCAUUCGUCAAACACUCGUCUACUUUCUUAUAGUGAUGAUAUUGGCAACCACUCUGUGGAGCGAAGUCUUGAAUAUAUAUUUGCUCUUCCCAACAAAUCAGUCGAUCCUUUGAACGUUUCGAUUGAUAGCAAUUUAAUCAGCUUGAUAAUAAAGAAUCAAUUCUCAAAAUAUCAUGCCCAAUCUGAUGCUCUGGCUGGUGAUAGAGAUGGGAUUGGUAUUAUAGAUAUUGGCUAUGGUCCCCACGUCAUUGGUCUUGAUGAGUUGAGCAUUUGUGGUGAUAUUAGAAUAAUUAAACCGCCUUUGCUUGUGGAGAGUUUGGCAAUGUUUAGUAGUGCCAGAGCUAAUGCUUGUGUUUGGAAAGGGAAAUGGAUGUAUGAGGUUAUAUUAGAAACCUCAGGAGUCCAACAGCUUGGAUGGGCUACUCUUUCUUGCCCCUUUACUGACCGUAAGGGUGUAGGUGAUGCAGAUGAUUCAUAUGCAUAUGAUGGGAAAAGAGUCAUGAAAUGGAACAAGCAAGCCGAACAAUAUGGUCAGUCAUGGGUUGUUGGUGAUGUCAUUGGGUGCUGCAUAGAUUUGGAUCAUGAUGAGAUAUCAUUUUACAGAAACGGGGCUUCACUUGGGCUAGCUUUUGAUGGGAUUCGCAAGAUGGGACCUGGAUUUGGUUAUUAUCCUGCCAUUUCAAUUUCUCAAGGAGAACGGUGUGAGUUAAAUUUUGGGGCUCGUCCGUUUAGAUUCCCUAUUGAAGGCUAUUUUCCCCUUCAAGCAUCUCCCUUAAUCAACACACAUGUUACUGAGUUGCUACAAUGUUUAUCAAGGUUGUUGGAUAUGCAAAGCAUGGAGCGAGCACAGUAUUCUUUGGUUGAGAGAAUGAGGCGAUUGAAGAGGUCUGUGUCGUUUGAAGACCUUUUUCACCCUGUCUCUCAUGGUAUAUGUGUGGAGUUCUUCUCCGUACUUGAGGCUGAUGCAGGCAGCACAGAGUACAUAGUUUGGGGUCCGCUUCUUUCAUUUAUGAUGGAGGUGUUUGGGUUACAGGCGCCACAUGAUUAUUCGAGUUUGGAUAGAUUUCUUGAUGUCUUUCUAGAAUUUAAAGGUUCGCGUCUGAUAUUUGAGCACUUCUUAAAUUCCCUUUCUUGUGCUUGCAAAACGGCUUCAAUGGUUUUGACUGAGUGCCCGUACUCGGGAUCAUAUUGUUACCUUGCUUUAGCUUGCCACAUCUUAAGGCGGGAAGAACUGAUGGUGUUGUGGUGGAAGUCAUCAGAUUUUGAAUUAUUGUUCGAAGGUUUUCUGUCGCAGAAGAGUCCAAAUCAGCAUGACUUUCAGGGCAUGAUGCCUUCUGUUUGGUGGCCAGGUUCAUGUGAGGAUGUAUCCUAUGAAAGUAGCAUGAUUUUGGCUACUAGUGCUUUAUCUGAAGCAGUCAGUAAGAUUGAGGAGAAACACAGGGAACUUUGUCUCUUGGUCAUACAGUUUAUACCACCUAUGACACCCUCUCAGUUGCCUGGUUCUGUGUUCAGGACAUUUUUACAGAAUCUCUUACUGAAAAACAGAGGAGCUGAUCGCAGUAUAUCUCCUCCUGGAGUUUCAAGCAACUGUGUUCUUGUUUCUUUGUACACAGUUAUACUUCAUUUUUUAUCUGAAGGAUUUGGUGUAGGAGAAAUCUGUGGUUGGCUGAAGAGCUGUGAAACCAGUUGUCCUGAUGUUGGUUUUCUUCAUAGAGGAGGUCAACAAAGUUUCCCCUUAGAUUUGUUUCUAAAAGAUGAUCCUCAUCGGAAUGACAUAUCUAGGCUUGGAGGAUUGUUUAGCCAUUUGUUAAAAACUCAUCCCGUGGAUCAGGAAGAAGAAGUGGUCAGGUGGGAGGAAGGCUGCAUGGAUGAUGAGGAAACUAGAGCAACUCAUUUAACGGAUCAAAAACCAUGUUGUUGUUCAAGUAUUGAAGUUGAUUUUGCUAGAAACUCAAAGGAUCAAAUUAGAAUGACAGCUAAAGGUUCUCGUGUCCAUUACAGCCCUAUAGCGGAGAGAUCUGCUCAUGUUGCUGCCGAAUGUAGUGCAGGAAGUCUGAGUGAUGAGAUAGCAGACAAACCUAGCACCAGCGAUCAAUCUGAAUCGGAGUUUGGAUAUCAACCAGUUCGGCAUAUGAGGACUGCACCGAGGGAGAGUAUUAUAUCUUCAGCAAUACUGAGAGAAGAAGAACUGCUAGAUACUUUGUUGCUUCUGUAUCAUGUGGGCCUUGCUCCAAACUUCAGGCAGGCGUCAUAUUACAUGUCUCAUCAGUCGCACUUAAUCUCUCUCCUAGAAGAAACUGAUAAACAGAUAAGGGAACAAGCUUCUGGUGAGCAAUUAAGGCGCUUGAAGGAAGCUCGUAUUGGCCAUCGAGAAGAAGUUAUUGACUGUGUCAGGCAUUGCACAUGGAAUCGCAUCUCGCUUUUCUCUCGAUGGAAACAAAGAGGAAUGUAUGCGGUUUGCAUGUGGAUUGUUCAACUGCUGCUGGUUCUUAGUAAAGUGGAUUCAUUAUUCAUUUAUGUCCCCGAAUAUUAUAUUGAAGCUCUGGUUGACUGCUUUCAUGUCCUUCGUAAAAGUGAUCCUCCAUUUGUUCCUCCUUCAAUUUUUAUCAAGCAAGGACUCACCUCAUUUGUCACCUUCAUAGUUACACAUUUCAAUGAUCCAAGGAUAGUAAGCGCAGAUCUGAGGGAUCUCCUCCUGCAAUCUAUAUCAGUCCUGGUUCGAUUCAAGGAACAUUUAGCAACUUUUGAGGAUAACGAAGCUGCCGUCCAAAGAAUGCCUAAAGCAUUACUGUCAGCAUUUGAUAACAGAUCCUGGAUCCCAGUAACUAACAUUCUCCUGCGAUUGUGUAAGGGUUCUGGAUUUGGUUUGUCAAAGCUUGGAGAAUCAUCAUCUUCAUCAUCUGUUAUAUUUCAGAGAUUGCUUCGGGAAGCAUGUGUUAAUGAUGAAGAUAUGUUCUCAGCUUUUCUUAAUCGUCUAUUUAACACUCUUAGCUGGACAAUGACUGAGUUCUCUGUUUCUGUGCGGGAGAUGCAAGAAAAAUACCAGGUCGUAGACUUUCAGCAAAGGAAAUGCUGCGUCAUAUUUGAUCUCUCAUGCAAUCUAGCGAGAAUUCUUGAGUUCUGUACCAGAGAGAUCCCGCAGACAUUCUUGUCUGGAGCUGACACAAAUCUCCGUCGGCUAACUGAACUGGUUGUCUUUAUUCUGAACCAGAUAACUUCAGCUGCAGAUGCUGAAUUUUUUGACUUGUCAUUUAGACGAAAUGGUCAAUCUUCUGAGAAAGUAAAUAGAUACAUGAUCUUAGCCCCUCUUGUAGGGAUUAUCUUGAAUUUGUUGGAUGCAAGUGCAAAGACAGAAUACGAGGAGCAGAAUGAUAUCGUCAGUGUUUUUGCAAGCUUGGACUGCCCUGAUACUGUUCAUUGCGGGUUCCAGUACUUACUGGAGUUUAAUUGGGCUGGAUCCUUUAGGGGAGAUCCCCAUCUUUCACAACUCCGACAGCUAGAGAAUUUCUUGUGCCUCCUUAUUAGCAGAACCGAGUCACUAGCAGCUGAAAGGACGAUGAACGAGGAAAUAUCAGAUGUUAACGAUAGCAUGUGUUGCAUCUGUUAUGCACGUGAAGCAGAUGCUCAGUUUUCGCCUUGUUCCCAUAGAUCUUGCUAUGGCUGCAUAAGCAGACAUCUUCUAAAUUGUGAAAGAUGUUUCUUUUGCAAUGCGACGGUGUUGGAUGUUAUUCGGUCUUCCAAGAAGAUUGCUUAAGAAUUGACGAGUUUUGGACCCAUCGAUCUUCAUGUGGCAGAAUAGCAAGGCAUAUUCCAAAGAGCAGCAUGUGUCCACUGUCCUAAGAGUUUUUCUGGAGUUGUGAGGUGGCUUAAGAGCCUGCUUUGGUCCUACUCGUCGAAUCUUAGCUGGUCCCGGCAACUGGUUAACUGUUGCGGCUUAGGUUUGUUUAUAUAUUCAUGAUAUAUGAAUCAUAGAAAAAAAAAAGAUUAAAUUGUAGUUUUUCACUCUUGGAGAGAUCAAAAUUUAAGUAUUGUUUGUACAUGUGUUGAGAAGAAAUGGUUAAGGAAUUUUGUAGUAGUCUGAGGGCAUUAUUCUGUAAAUACGAGAUGUAAAUGGAAAGAAAGACUUCCCCU